AUGCUAAAGGCCAAUGACGACCAACCGCCGUCCGAGGACCACAAUAAAACGCGAAGGUUUAGGCAGAAGGAGAUUUUGAUCAGGCGACCCAGGUGGAUACUUGAGCUAGUCAUCGGUCCCGAAUUCUUACGCCGUUUGCUGGGAGCAGAAAACGUCACGCGUAAAGAUAUAUAUUGCCUGGCAACGUUCUGGAAGAGUAUAGAGACCGCUUCAACAUGGCGCCCCGUGAAGUUUGUGCACCAGGAAGAUGGAUCGAUAGCCGCCUACCUUUCAUUUUUCGGCGCUUAUUAUGGUGUUUCGUCGAUUGACACGGAGCUAUUGGAAGACCAGCGACUAGGCUCCAUUUCACAUAUUGUGAACAUGACAAUACGCAAGAUAAACCGAGACUCUGCAACGGCGUUCCAUGGCCACUGUGUCUGGUCCAGCAGCUUCAGGUCGCGAACGAAGGGCAUUUGGCGGUCUGACUUGACUGGGCUGUGUAAGUCGCACAGUAAUCGUGCGAAAACGGGUUCGGGCAAGACGCGCUGGCUUCAUGUCAAGGAUAUUGGUAAUAACGUUACUGUUGCCUCCGAGACCGGACGAGAUAGGACGGAAUGUGAAUGGCGAAAUCUCCCGGUCCGAGGGCGCGCGUAG